AUGCUUUGGGAUUACAUCUUUGUCGGUGGUGGCCUUUCGGCCUCCGUUGUCUCGAGCCGUCUCCACCAUUUGGACUCAUCACUCAAGAUCCUCGUUAUCGAAGCUGGAGGCAAUGCCAACAAUGACCCCAGUAUAGUUUACCCCAAUUCAACAAACCUAAUAGGAGGGGAAUAUGACUGGAAGUACCAGACGGUUCCGCAAGUGAACUUGGACAAUCGACAGGUUGAUUUGCCAUGCGGCAAAGCUCUUGGAGGUGGCACUGUCAUCAACUCAGGUGGUUGGAUACGUGGUGACAAGUUUGACUUCGACCUGUGGGGCGAUACAGUAGGCGACCAUCGCUGGUCUUAUGCUGGUCUCCUACCCUAUAUGAAGUUGACUGAGGCUGCUCCAAUCGAUAACCCUAAUGAGCAUGGCUUAGAUGGCCCUAUGCAUAUCCAGGGUAUUGUCUCAACUCACCGAGAAUUCCCUCUGCGCAACAAGACUCUUCAGUCAUGGCAAGAAGUUGGUGUUGAACAGCUUCCUAACAAUGACGGCAACGCCGGGAAUCCUCUUGGUAUUGGCGACCUCUUCGAAAAUAAAAACCAGGGUCGCCGUGAGAUAGCCGACAAUGUCUUCUCCUUGGGUGGUGUCACCGUUCUCACGGAAACUCUGGUCUCCAAGGUUCUUUUAAGCACUCCAACGGUUAGUAACAAACAGCCCGAAGCCACCGGUGUUCAGCUCGUAAACGGCACCAAAAUUCAAGGAAAGGAGAUUAUCCUCGCAGCUGGCGCCAUCCGGACCGCCCAGCUGCUCAUGCUCUCUGGAAUCGGACCAUCUAAUGAAUUAGCCAAGUUUCAUAUUCCAGUUAUUCUGGAUCAGCCCGAGGUUGGUAAGAAUUUUGUGGACCAUGGUCUUUUCGGAGCGCUGUGGAAUCUGCGAGAUCCCUCUGCUGGGUAUGCGAUCGGAUCGGGUAACCCGCUCUUCAACGAGCCUCAGUAUGGCUGGGGUACGCCGGCUGAUUUUCUCGUCUCUACUGGUAUCACGAAUAAGGCUGGACUGGCUGCUGCCAUCGAGAAGGAUGAGGGCAAGAAGCCUGACCCCAAAAAGCACCCACUGCUGAAGAACGACCGAACUUUCAACGAACACGUAUUCCAGUAUGCUGGUACUCCGGAUGGCUCAACUGUAACGUUGGCAUUGAUCAAUCUUUUACCUACAUCCAAAGGCAGUGUCACUCUCAAAUCUGCCAGCAUCAACGACGUGCCUAAUAUCGAUCCCAACUACCACGCGACUGAGGUUGACAAGUUCGUCGCCCGUGAGGGUAUUCGUCUACAAAUCGCAUUUGCCAACUCCAACGCUACAAUCAUUGGUCGAGAGAUCAUUGCUGGCGAGGUUGGCGCCCCAGGUUUUAACGAAACAUUCACUACCGAGUCCACAGAUACUUACAUUGAUUCUCGGAUUGCUGCUGGUCUUGGAUCUACAUUCCAUCCCAUGGGAACUGCAGCUAUGGGCAAAGUGGUUGAUACCAACCUCCGAGUGAAGGGCAUCAAGAAGCUCCGCGUUGUUGAUACCUCUGUAUUCCCCGUUGUGAUCACUGCCCAUCUUCAAGUUGCUACAUAUGCAACAGCAUAUCAGGCUGCUGAUAUUAUAUAUAAUAGUAGUAAAUGUUCUACAUAG